CACUCCCGGAUCAGGCAAGCCUGAUGCCAGCCGCGGAGUACAACGAGAACACCCCGCGUUUCAACCUGUGGUUAAAGACGGCAGUUACUGCUAGUAAGUAGUUGCUGCUAGUUGACAGAUAAACAGACUCUUGGAUUAGUCCAGCACACGCUAUCAUAUGAGCAAUUCGAUCCUCAAGUCAACUCUGAAUUCAACGUCACGAUCCUAGUCCUACGAGAUGGCUCCACGCGUUGUCUUCACUGGCGGCUCUGGCAAAGCUGGCCGACACGCUAUACCUGAGCUUGUGAAACGUGGCUACGAGGUGCUGAACAUCGACCUCACUGACUUCCCAGACAAAGACGCCAACGUUUUCACUCUCAAGACGGAUCUGACCGACAGUGGACAAUGUUUCAAUGCAUUGACAACCCAUUUCAACUUCUCUGGAUAUGAGGGCCCGCACAUUCCUGGUCCUCCUGAUGCAGUCAUCCACUUUGCCGCGUAUGCCAGAAAUAUGCUUGUUCCGGACAACGAGUGCUUCAAGGGGAACGCCACAUCGACAUACAACGUGAUCGAGGCAGCAUGCAAGCUGGGAGUGAAAAAGAUUAUCAUCGCUUCUAGCGAGACUACCUAUGAAGUGUGCUUUGGCCAGGGCGACCUUGAUUAUACAUCUUUUCCCCUGGACGAAGAAGCCGAUGUUAAUCCGAUGGAUACGUACGCCAUAUCAAAGCUUGUGGGCGAGCGUGUAGCGCGAGGGUUUGCUCGCAGAUUUGAUGCCGAUAUCUACGCGCUUCGCAUUGGUAACGUCGUAGAGCCACACGAGUAUGCCCAGGACUUCCCAAAGUAUAUCAGUGACCCCAAACUACGAAAGCGGAACGCGUGGUCGUACAUAGACGCUAGAGAUCUAGGUCAAAUAUGUGACCUGUGCAUCAAGAAGGACGGUCUGGGUUUCCAGAUCUUCAACGCGACCAACGAUACCAUCACGGCUACAUUCCCAACGAGACAGUUCCUGGAACAAUUUGCUCCGAACACGCCCAUCACACGGGAGAUGGACGAAUGGGAAGCGCCGUUGAGCAAUCGGAAGAUUCGCGAGGUGCUAGGAUUCAAGGAAGAACACAACUGGAGAAGGUACUACAACCCGGAGUAGUGCCUAGCAGGAGUGAACCAUAAGAUGGUCAUUAAGGGUGGUGUGAGGGU